AUGACGGACACUUUGAACAACACCAUCCAAUCCCCGCCUCCCAAGAGGAGAAAACUCUCCGUCACUAUGUCUUCUUCUUCUUCUUCGUCUUUAAAGCCUUCCCUACAGCCAAGUGCACUCGAUCGCACUCGAUCGCUCCGGAAACCAACAAGUACCGCGAGACUGAUGAAGGAGACACCGACUACCGGCGUGAAUGGUACGUCCGCUGGCAGUAGUACCUCCACUAGGGGUGCAGGAAUAGGAACACCAAAACAACGGCCUGUCUCGAUGAUCCAAGUGCCAUCAACCACAAAAGGGACGUUGCCUGUGCCAGGAACGAUUUCACGGACUGCCGCCCCUAGUAGCAUGGGCACAGCUAUCGGCGGGACUGGAAUCAAAAGGAUGGCGAGUGUCUCAGCCACCAGAAGCGGCACCGACAACAGCAACAUCAAACCACCAGUCUCUGGAGGUCUUAAUCGACUGGCUAGUGGGAGACUGAAACGAGAGGGAGGGAAAGUUGAGAAUGCGGGUGUAGGGGCUGAAUCCGGAGUUGGAACUGGGAUAUCCGCUGGUCUUGGGAACCGAGUUGGAUCAGGAGCAGCAACAAAAUCAACAAUCGCCACGAAGUCGACAACAUCGUCAAUAUCCGGUCUAAGACAACCCCUCCGUGCUCGAGCUCCCACGGUAUCUGCAACUAGCGUGACUGUUAAAGCCACUCCUUUGUCACCACCAACGACAACAGCACGAUCAGUAUCAGGACCGUUCGGAAUGACUCGUCCAGCUACUUCGUCAAGUUCAGGAUCAUUGGCUACGGUCACUAGCCCAAGGGCAACAGCUACUUUAGGUUCUGGUACCAGGAUAGGCACGGGUAUCGGUCUCGGGGGAAGAGGGCAUGCGCGUACUCAGUCAGCAACAAUAAGCUCGCCGAAACCCACAACGCCGAAAUCAGCACUGCGAAACCCAGCAGCAUCGGGAACUCCAACCACCGUACCUUCUAAAUGUGCUAUGAGUAAAGAUAACGGGGUUUCUAAAAUUGGCACUGGAGGCGGACCACCCAAGAGCGCUUCCAAAGGAGUUCCGCCACCAAGUACUCCUGGUAAGAGUAGGCCUCAGUCACUUAUAUCGACCAACGCACUCAGACGGUCUCCCGCCACAGCUACACCAAAGGUAGCAACGACAGGAGGGACACCCAAAACAUCGACUGGAACCGGCCUAAGGUCAUCGCCGGCUCACAAACGAGAAAACCCGGCAUCUUCGAUCUCGACCACCGGUACCGCCACCACCACAGGAACGAAGACAAGAACAGCGGCGAAUCCCGGGACAGCAACGAGUACGGCAACAACGCAGACUCGACGUCUUGCUGCUUCCAGGAAACCUAUGUCUUUACAAGCCCCCAAACCAGUUACUGGAAUGUCUAAACCAGCAGCAGCAGCAUCUUCAACACAGCUCACUUCUACAGCAAUGACCACCUCCGUCACCAAACCUGCAUUACGCCAACCAACAACAGCCUCCUCAUCCACGAUAGCAACCAAAACAGCAGUCCCCAAAUCCAAACCUACAACCCACAUACCCGAACCGCAGUCGAAAUCGACAACGUUGCAAGACCAGGCCCAUGCCCAUGCCCCGGGGCCGCAAUACCCCCAGCCUCGUCACGACUUCGACACCUACCAACAGCAUUAUACCCCCGCCAAGAUCCCACUCGCCCCGAAACCUCUAACCUCAUCCUUCCUCGCGCCCCCCACGCCCUCCAAACAGCCAGCCAACAUCGCCGCUUCCGCUGAAAUUUCUCGGCUACAGACGGAACUGCUGCAGUUGCAUUUGCUCCAUCGGGAUGCGGAGUGGGUGAAAGGUGAAUGGGAAGGUGAUGCUAAGCGGAAACUGAGGGAAAGGUGGGAGAGGGUGAGAGGGGAGGAAGAGUUGGUGGGGGAGAUGGAGACAAGAGACGGGGAGGAGGGGGUUGUAGAGGGUUUGUUGAAUCUGGGUAGGGAUCGAGAUGGCGAGAGACGGGGGGAAGGGCAGGGGAAGCUGGAUGAGGAAAAGAUUCAAAUGUUGGAUGAAGUGAUUUCGGGAGUGUGGGCUAUGAGCGAGCCUGUUGCUUCGUUUUCUUCUGGGGUAACUAUGGGCAAGUACACGCGCGUUGUUCGCAGGUUUGAGGUGUGGGCUGAAAGGGCGGGGAGGAUACUGGAGGAACGGAGAAGAGGCGCAGCAGAUAGGGAUGGAGGGUUGAAGCUCGAUGAAAACGGGGAGGUGGACAUGAUCGGAGGCUUAGACAUCGAAUGGAAGAAUGAGUGUAUUGCGCUCGGAAGGCGGUUGGAGAAGUGGCGGAGGAUGUUAGAAGCGUUGCGAGGAGUGUCGUCGUCGAAGCCCCAAGGUUAUGGAUCUUUCCGCGCGUCGAGGUCAAUAAGAGGGGUGAAGGAAACGAACGAGGGAGAGGAGAAAGAAGAAGAAGCAGAAGAAAAUAAUUCGUCUCUAGACAGGAUCUUGAGCGGAUUCGGAACCUUGGUGGAUAAUAUGCUUGCUGAAUUGGAGGUUAUGGAGCAGAUUGAACGGGAGGCAGUGGCGGAGGAGACUGAGUGGGUGAAAAGGAUGAAUAGGGCUGAUGAGAAGGAGGAUGGUGAGGAGGGAGAGGAGACUGUGGAGAAGAACAGGGCGGGAGCUAUUUGGAGGGCUUUUUGA